AUGCCGGAGCUAGAUCCAGUCAUGCGGCUGACCAAGAUGAAAACGACAACCAUCCUUCGGUGCCAGCAGGAGCAGGACUGCAUUCCCUGCGUGCAGGUGAUGCUACACCUUGGCCUGCAGGGUGAGGAAGACGAAUUCCUACGAACGCACAUUUGGAUCUCAGCCCAAACAUACCCUUCCUUCCGCUGCGCGCUUGUGGAAGUUUUGUUUCCUUGUGGCCACAACAGUAGCCUGGGCUCUCUCCAGUUUGACUGCUUCCCAGUUGCUCUGAGUGGGGAGAUGCACAUCACGGCCUUCACCAGCCCCACUUAUGAAUCUGUGCCUGUACUAAAACACACACACUAUGGACCAAACUGCAGCUGGCGUAAUGCAAAAGAUGCUGUCCGGCUCUGCCAAGUUCCCAGCCUGGAGGUCUUUACUGGUGCAGAAGAGGCUGUGGUGCAAGUGAGGAAUUUCCCCCUAGGACAGAACUUCUCUCUGUGGCUGUAUCUGAACCAGACACGAGAGCAUAAAGGGCUGGAUCACCCUAAGCAGCUGACUGGACCUGAGAAUGUGAGCGUGCCUCUUUCAGAGGUGUUCCAUUGUCUCUGCCUGCAGAUAUGGCCCAAGGCUGAAGACCCGCCUCGAAGUUACCUGUGCCCCUUUGCGAGAGAUGCAGAAGCUCUUGCCAGGUCCUGGGCACGGAGCCGCCUCGAGCUAAUAACAGCCUUCGAUGGAACACUGAGUCUCUCUCUUUCCGCGCCAUGUGACCUCUCAGGGGAGCUAGUCCCCUGCUGGAGGGGAGACUGGCCUGCUUGCUACCCGCUCCACUCCAAGCUGCGCCUGGCCCUCACUCCAAAUGAGCUCCAGGAAUUUCCCGGCCUGAGACCCCAUCCCAAUCUUUGUGUGCAGGUAAGGAGCAACGGAAGCACCCACCUCCAGAGUUGUCUGCAGGAGGAUUCUCCAGGACGCCAGCAGCAGCUACUGCUUUGGGAGACUGUCGGCCCCCAGGGCAACUCCUCCUUCCGGGUCUUGCAGCGGGGCUCCUGGGUUCCCAUGGCUCAGGCCAUCAGCACAAGAAAUAGGAUCCUGAGGGAGGCCCUGCAGAGGGACAUGAAAGUAGGAGAGUGCACACAGGUGUGGGGUUCAGAGGACGGUGAGAUGGACGUGCUUUGGGCCUGUUCCCUGGAGAAAUAUUGCCGAACGCACAGGGGAUUGGCCUGGAUGGUGGUUCUCCUAGCAGUCGGCUCUAUCUUGUUGGUGCUGGUGCUCAAGAAGGAAACACUGAAAGGUUGGCUGAGGAUCCUGAAAGAGGAUUACAGUUCUGGAGGGAUGCUUCAGGGACGCCCUGUGCUUAUCCUUUACUCUCCGGACAACGCAAGCUUUGAACGACUGGUGGGAGUCCUGGCUGCAGCCCUGGCCCAGCUCCAGGUCUCCGUAUCCCUGGAGCUGUGGAGCCGGGGGGAGCUGGGGGCCCAGGGGCCCAUGCAGUGGCUCCACGCGCAGAGGCACCAGGUGUUGCAAGGAGGCGGAGCCAUCGUGUUGCUUUUCUCCCAGGGCGCUGUGGCCGGCUGCGCGGAAUGGCUGGGCCAAGAACAGAAAGGCGUGCGGUGGCCCCUCCAGCCAGACAGCACUUUCCUGGCUUCCCUCAACUGCAUCAUGCCCGAUUUUCUGGCCGGGAAGGCCAGGGACAAUUAUAUGGUUGCUUGCUUCGAGGAGCUCCUUCCUGCUGCUGAGAUCCCCGAGCUCUUCCGUUCGGUGCCCAUUUACCAACUGCCCUCGCAGCUGUUCAGCUUCCUGUUGGCCCUGGCCGGCCCUGGCGCGGGCCGUGAGCAGAGGAGCAGCCUCAGGAGGCGAGUGGCAUGGAUUGGCGAGAGCCUGGCUCGUGUGGUGGAAGAGUGCCGGCAAAAGGAGCCCAGCUGGCAGCAGCAUCCCCCCCGGCUGCCUCCCUGA